AUGGAGUCUCGAUCUUACAUGACGUGUGGACUGAAAGUGGACACCAAGUCCGGCGGAUGGCAUAAGUGCCUAACGAAAAUGCUGAAAAAGAUCCGAGGAGCGUCAUACAAUGUAGAUGCAGAAGCAGGUAUGGCAUAUAUUUCCGGUAAAGUAAACCCGACGAAGUUACUGAGAAGACUAGUGCAGGCUGGGAAAGAGGCAGAAAUCUGCUGGGUCAGGACUGGAGAUCAAUGUACCAACUAUGACGGCUAUGGCGAGGGCAAUAUUGUCAAUGCCAAUGGGUAUUAUGACCAUCAUUCAUAUUAUAGGGCUGGAGCAGUUGACCCUUAUAUGGAUGGGUAUAAUGGUCCUUACGGACAAAGAUCAUCAUAUUACCCAUACGGCCAUUACUAUCCCCAGGCGCCACCAUACACCUAUUAUUGA